AUGAAGUAUCUUGCUGCUUACCUCCUCUUGACCGUUGGCGGAAAGAACGCUCCCUCUGUCCCUGACAUCGAGAAUGUCCUCUCCACCGUUGGUGUUGAAGUUGAAUCUCAGCGUGUUGAAUCUUUGCUCAAGGAACUUGAAGGCAAGAACGUGGAAGAGUUGAUUGCUACCGGUAACGAAAAGCUCGCUACCGUUCCUUCCGGUGGUGCUGCUGCUGCUGCUGCCCCUGCUGCUGGUGGUGAUGCUCCUGCUGCUGAAGAAUCUAAGAAGGAAGAGGCCAAGCAAGAGGAAGAAUCUGAUGAAGACAUGGGCUUUGGCUUGUUCGACUAA